CUCUCUGUAGGCGAUGAAACGCAAUAUCAAAAAGGCGGGAAGGCGCAGAGGAAGGCAGGCCAUCAUGGUGUCGCAUCGUCGAGAGAUAAACGGCGGUUAUCAUGUAUAUCUCGCAAAACGUUUGUAUUACAUCGUGACACGAGGACAGUUUGUGACGCAAUAGUCUGUUGACGAAACAUGAGAGAUAUCAAACAAUACUUCGCCAACGGUGCGAAGAUUGAUAAGAUCAUCAAUUCCGUCGACAACGUGAAACGUAUGGAAGAGGAACAAGAAAACAGCUCAGUUGCGAAAGAAGGUCGCAAACGCAAACGCGUCAAGAUCCGCAUAUCGCGCGCUGGUUCCAAGGAGGGGACAUGCGAUAUAAUUGAGAACAAGAACGAUCUAAUUGACAAAACUCCAAGUCCAUUUGCCAAAACGGACGACAACAGAAGAACUUCACAGAGUGAAACACCCAAGUCUCACAUUGCUAGCUCUAGUACAAAGCAGGAUUCUGAAAAGCUUACUUUGAUGGUUGGAAAUAAAUCUAGAAAUAUGGAGAAUGUCUCCCAAGAUAUAAACAGCAGAACAAGUAAGAAUAAAUUAGAUGAACAGACUGUUAUGGAUUUAAUUGAUUCAUCUAAUGAUAUUCCAAUGAAGAAUGAUGAUGACUCUCAUGAAAGUCUAUCAGAUGUGAAACUUUGUGAUGACAUUGGUACUCAGCGUGAAGAAUCAAAUGCUUUUCAAGUUCUGAUGAGCCGUAGUAAACCGAUACAAUAUAAGUUACCAUUGCAACAAUCUAUUGAAGAUGUCAAACUUAAUGAGAAAUCAAGUGAUGCUAAAGAAUUGAAAUCUAAACAUAAAGAGAGACUAAUAACAUUGGCUGAUAAGAAGGGUUACUCAAAGAGGAAACUUGCUGAUGCAGAAGAAAGCGAGAGAAUAGAAAAAAGUAUAGAGGACCGUGUAAAGCUCUUCAAACGUGAUAAUAGAAAGGAUGAUAGUACUGACUUAUCGAUAAAAAGUAACAGACAGCUGUCUGGAAGCUUGUUAGAUUAUUUUAGCAAAUCACCCUUAGAAUUAACAAAUAAGGAUAACAUAAAAUGUGUAUCCACCUUCAUUGUAAAAGCCGAUGUACAUAGAACCGAGACCGCCAGCAUAGAACCUGUAUUAAAUCCGAUUUCGAAUAAGAUUUAUUCCAUUAAGAAGUGUCCGAAAGCUGACAUGGAUCUCUCCGAAGUGGACGAUAUUCAUGUCAUAGCGUCUGAGAAUCUGACUUCGCCAUUAACUACCAUACAAGAGAAACGGCAUAAACCUCGCUGGUCUUUACGCAUAAAACUACACUCUUCCGAGGGCAACGACGAUAUCACUGACGACGAGCUGUUCUCGCCGAGAAGCAAAUCGAAGUUUCAUGCGGUCACGAACAAGCCUCCUCGAAAGCUCGCGAAUACAUACGUGGGAAAUGAUAAGAUGUGGCCGAAGCAUCACAAUGAACAUAUCAAAAGAAAAGUACGAGACGAGGAGGAAAAUGAGUCGUUCGGUAAGCAGAAAGAUAGCAACGUUCAAACGAACGUUACCAGAGAUUCUAUCGUUGACAAUAACAACGAGAACUCCGACGCAUGUCCGUUAAGAUCAGAAAAAGUUAGCAAAACGGAGAAGACCUUUGUCGUGUGUGAAACAGUUACAACGGUAACUGACGAUUCCGAGUGCGAGAUCAUUAGUGAAAACGUAUCGAAGAAGAAAUCGAACGAGAAGCUGGCGCCGUUAUUUAUGAAACGACGUAAAAUCGAUCCGGCUGUCGUAGCAGCUAAACGCUUAUUCCUACAAUCAGACAUAACCGAUGUCGAGAACAAAACGGAUAGAAAAACGAACAAUGGCACACUCAUCUUACCAUUCCCUAUAAUCAGCCACAUCACACAGUUGGAAAGUAAUUGUCAUUCAAACAGGCCGCAAAUUCAGCAUAAAUUUCCCACAAAAGUCGAGAAGAAAUAUCUGCCUUCGAUAGACAUUGAUGAGUACAAAUGUAUCGUUAAUUAUAACGAGACCUCGAAGGUGCCUGAAGCGAUUGACAAGCCCGUGAAGGAGAGCUUCGAUCGAGUGGUGUCGGAGAUGGAGAAAAGUUGUCCGGAGGUACAGAAAAUGUGGAAGACCGUAUUGACGAUCAAAGGCGAAACUGAGAAGAAGUCGCUGGAGCGGACGAGAGGAGGCAGGAGAACAAAGACUCUCGAGCGAAAAAAGCCGCUGACAGAGAGCGUGGAGGCAAAUCAGUUGCACGAUUGCGUCUGGACGUGCAAGUACAAGCCGAUGAGCGCGCAAGAGGUAGUCGGGAACGAGGAAGCCGCGACUAAAUUGAAAGAGUGGCUGAGUGGGUGGAGAACGUCCUUGACGAAAGAGGAUUACAGCAGCGGCGACGAGUUCUACUCGUCGGAUUCGUGCAGCAACUCGUACAAUGAGAACAAUCAGACAGCCGUGUUGUUGGGACCGCACGGCAGCGGGAAAAGCGCGAGUGUGUACGCGAUAGCGGAGGAACUCGGCUACAGUGUACUCGAGGUAAACGCGUCCUCCAGACGCACUGGCAAGAGGAUCUUGAAGGAAUUGGAGGAGGCGACCAAGUCGCACAGAAUCAAGAAGGACAAGUGCAAAGCUCCGUUCGAGCAAGUCGCGAGAGAGAACGAUGCCCCGAAGAUAUUGCAAAACUCGUUAAUCCUUCUGGAGGACAUCGAUCUUAUCUUCGAGGAGGAUGAGGGCUUCGUCUCGGCGGCAUAUCAACUGGCGUCGAAUACUAAAAGACCGAUCGUUAUGACGUGUAGAGACAUGUGCCCGCAUCUGAGCAAAAUGGCACCGCAGCAAAAGAAGAUCUACUUUCAGCAAGUGAACGGCAACAGAGUGUCUGCUUUGUUGGAGUUGAUCUCGCUGGCGGAAACGGGUUACAGACUGUCACACAAUUUUCUAGUGAAGUUACUUCAAGUGGGCGAUCUACGAAAGGCGUUGCUGCAAUUGCAAUACUUGUUGCUGUCUGGCCUGCCUGUAUUAUCCGAACAAUGUACAACAGCGAGGCCGUCGGUUUGGCAAGACAUACAACGCUGUUUGUACAAACCCGCGAUUAAACUGAGCAAAAAGCAUAAGGCUAAGAAGAAUACGAAUGGUAAGAAAUCGAACGAGCAGACAGGAAGCAAUAUCGCGCAUAUACUGAACAAUUUAGCGAACGAUUUAGAUGGUUUGUCUCUGGUGUCGUCUUUGAUAAACAUCGACGACACGAUGUUGAACACGCCGGAGGCAAACACGCAACCCAACCUGUCCUUAGCCGAGAACCUCUCUCUGUACUCUGCGUCGCAUCGCUUCAGCGUGGAUAUAGCGAGUUUCCUGAGCGACAGGAUACUGUGCAAGGACUCUAACGGAAACGAACAACUGCAGAGUUCGAGCAAUGUCAUCUUGCGAAAUCAACUGAACCGAGGAGUGGAUCUGGCGCUUUCGCAGGUCACGUCCGCAUGUUUGGACGGGCGGGUGAUGGCGAUAGAUUAUCUGCCGACCGCGCGAACGAUAUGUCGCGCCGAGGAGUCGCGCUCCGCUGGCAAUUAUAAACGGGGCAAUCGAUUCUUUCACUAUUUGCAUGGCUUGAAGGUGCCAGCCGCGUCGAUGAAGCCGAACAUCCUGGCUGCCGCGUGUCGAACGCUACAGGAGAAAAUUGACAAGAAUGCGUCCACGUCGAACGCAGUGAACGUCAGCAUCGAUUGAUAUUCGGAAGGGAUGUAUGUUUCUUAUGCGUGCGAGACACGACGCGAAUAGCUGUAGUUCUGUAUCGCGAUUUUAAACUUUUAUCGACUGUGGAGGCGCGAGAUCAUACUCCACAGAAUGCCAUUUAAAUUGAAUUUUACUUGCAUUAUCAUUGAUUUUACAAAAACUAGAUGUAAAUAUAUACAUGUCUUGUUUUUAUAUUAUUUUGAAUAAUAUCACGGUUAUAUUAUAGUGCCUUCUCUAUUUUGUAAAUUAAUUUAUUAUAUAUGAACAAGGUGAAGAAAUUAUAGCUUAUAAAAAUUGAAAAGGUUCGGAAUAUUUGGAAUAAUUUAUAUUGACAAAAUGUAUAUCGCGCAUUUGCAAUAGAUAGUUCUUACGGUCGCAUUUAACUUCUAUUGUACACUUUCAAUGCUAAACGCGACCGUCCUAUGUAGAAUUUUAUCCGUCUUGAUGUACAAGAUUUUGUGUAAACAUCUCAAGUGCGAUAAAAUAUACACAAAUACGAAUUUCAUCAUUGUGUUGUCUGUACAUUAUAAUUGCCAAAUGCGCGAAUCAUUACAUUUUACUGUAAUACAGAAGAAUUUAUCAUAAAAAAGUUUGAUAAAAGUA